UUUUGUAGGGAUGAUUGACUGCUUUAUCCGCAUUCCAAAAGAACAAGGUUUCCUCAGCUAUUGGAGAGGCAACUUGGCAAAUGUCAUCAGAUACUUUCCAACCCAGGCUUUGAACUUUGCAUUCAAGGACAAGUACAAGCAGAUUUUCAUGGAAGGUAUUGACAAGCGAACACAGUUCUGGAAAUAUUUCCUGGGGAACUUGGCUUCUGGUGGUGCUGCUGGUGCAACAUCACUCUGCUUUGUCUACCCUCUUGACUAUGCUCGAACACGGUUGGCCGCUGAUAUUGGAAAGGCAGAAACAGACCGUGAAUUCAGGGGUCUUGGAAACUGUUUGGCCAAGACCUUCAAGUCUGAUGGCUUGCAUGGUCUCUACCGUGGAUUUAAUGUGUCAGUCCAGGGUAUCAUCAUCUACAGAGCUGCCUAUUUUGGCUUCUUUGACACAGCCAAAGGAAUGCUCCCUGACCCUAAGAAAACUCCCAUUCUCAUUUCUUGGAUGAUUGCUCAGGUGGUGACAACAGUUGCUGGUUUUACAUCUUAUCCAUUUGAUACUGUCCGGCGACGAAUGAUGAUGCAGUCAGGGCGCAAGGGUGCAGACAUCAUGUACAAGAACACUAUUGACUGCUGGCGAAAGAUUGCCAAGAAUGAAGGAGGAAAGGCUUUCUUCAAGGGGGCUUUCUCUAACGUCCUCCGAGGCACUGGUGGUGCCCUAGUAUUAGUACUCUAUGAUGAGAUCAAGAACUUCAUUUUCUGAGGACUGGUCCCAUGUAUUAAGCAGUCAAGAAGGAUUAGGACUCUCAUUUUUGCCAUUCAGUUCAUUCUUGCAUUUUUAUUUACAGCUCAAGAGAUUGGAGUCAACAUGGCUCCUAUCUCUCUCACUUUCUGAAAGGCCUUGCGACCUGGCUGAAGGCAAAAACAAACAUACAAUGGGCAAUUCACUGUCCCCAUUGCUCUAGGUACCGUAUCUGUGGCCGUUGCAAUAUUUUAUAUAUUCUGGAGACUGGUAGUUGGAGAAUAUCAAAGGCUUGGACCAUGGCAUUAUAUCAUACUGGAAGCUGCACUGAUAUGAACUGAAAUUUGUAAGAAUUACCCAAUUUUCUUUAUUUUUUUUUGUGAUUCUAUAGGUGAUCUGGCCAUGUCUUCUUCCCUACCCGUUCUUGUAGAUUGUUGCACCAGUGAGAAUAAAAUGGAAUUGUGAACAGAA